AUGAAGUUCACCAGCGCCGUCUCCGCUGCCGCCAUUGGCUUCGUCUCCCUCUCAUCCGCGAUCUCAGUCUCCUAUGAUACCGGCUACGAUGACAAGAGUCGCUCGAUGACCGCCGUUUCCUGCUCUGAUGGUGCCAAUGGCUUGAUCACGAAGUACGGGUGGCAGACGCAGGGCGCCAUUCCAAACUACCCUUACAUCGGCGGAUACCAAGGCAUCGCUGGCUGGAACAGCCCUCAGUGUGGUACCUGCUAUAGCGUGACAUACAACGCAAAUACCAUCUACGUGCUCGCCAUUGACCAUACCGCGACCGGCUUCAAUCUCGCCAAGCAGGCCAUGGAUGCUUUGACCAACAAUCAAGCCGAAAUGCUCGGACGCGUCGACGCGCAGUACGUGCAGGUUGACAACAGCAAGUGCAAGAUUUAG